UCUGCUGCUGCGGCGGCGGUGGCGGCGGGCGGCGGCAGGGGCGGCGGCGGCGGCGGCGGCGGCGGCCCGCACCAGCCAUGCCGAAUAAAAACAAGAAGGAGAAAGAACCACCAAAACCGGUGAAAAGUGGAAAAGGUUCAAAAGAAGGACAAGACACAGCAGAACCAGAGCAGAUAGCCAGCAGGAAAAACAGCCUCGUGGCUGUCCAGUCUUCGACAUCUACUAAAAUAAAAGUCCCAGUUCCUCAGCCCGUCGUCCCUGUUAAGAAAGACAAACGGCAGAAUUCUUCACGGUUUAACGCCAGCAAUAACAGAGAACUGCAAAAACUCCCAUCUUUAAAAGAUGUUCCGCCUGCGGAUCAAGAGAAGCUUUUCAUCCAGAAGCUUCGACAAUGUUGUGUCCUCUUCGACUUUGUUUCUGACCCGCUGAGUGACCUGAAGUGGAAGGAAGUAAAGCGGGCUGCAUUAAGUGAGAUGGUAGAAUAUAUCACCCACAACAGGAAUGUGAUCACGGAGCCCAUUUACCCAGAGGUCGUCCACAUGUUUGCAGUUAACAUGUUUCGAACCUUGCCACCCUCCUCCAAUCCUACGGGAGCAGAAUUUGACCCAGAAGAAGAUGAACCAACGUUAGAAGCAGCCUGGCCUCAUCUGCAGCUUGUUUAUGAAUUUUUCUUAAGAUUUUUAGAGUCUCCAGACUUCCAGCCCAAUAUAGCAAAGAAAUAUAUUGAUCAGAAGUUUGUAUUACAGCUUCUAGAGCUCUUUGACAGCGAGGAUCCUCGGGAGAGAGAUUUUCUAAAAACUACCCUUCACAGAAUCUAUGGGAAGUUCUUAGGUCUGCGCGCUUACAUCAGGAAACAGAUAAAUAAUAUAUUUUAUAGGUUUAUUUAUGAGACGGAGCACCACAACGGCAUAGCAGAGUUACUGGAAAUACUGGGAAGUAUAAUUAAUGGAUUUGCCUUACCACUGAAGGAAGAGCACAAGAUUUUCCUGUUAAAGGUGUUGCUGCCCUUGCACAAAGUAAAAUCCCUGAGUGUCUACCAUCCUCAGCUGGCGUACUGUGUUGUGCAGUUUUUGGAGAAGGACAGCACCCUCACUGAACCAGUGGUAAUGGCACUUCUCAAAUACUGGCCAAAGACUCACAGUCCAAAAGAAGUAAUGUUCUUAAAUGAAUUAGAAGAAAUUUUAGAUGUAAUUGAACCAUCAGAAUUUGUGAAGAUCAUGGAGCCUCUCUUUCGACAGUUAGCCAAAUGUGUUUCCAGCCCUCACUUCCAGGUGGCAGAGCGGGCACUAUAUUACUGGAACAAUGAAUACAUUAUGAGUUUAAUCAGUGACAAUGCAGCGAAGAUUCUGCCCAUCAUGUUUCCAUCCUUGUACCGCAACUCAAAGACCCACUGGAACAAGACCAUACAUGGCUUGAUAUACAAUGCCCUGAAACUCUUCAUGGAGAUGAACCAAAAACUCUUUGAUGACUGUACCCAGCAGUUCAAAGCAGAGAAACUGAAAGAGAAGCUGAAGAUGAAAGAGAGAGAAGAAGCAUGGGUUAAAAUAGAAAAUCUAGCCAAAGCGAAUCCCCAGUAUGCAGUGUAUAGUCAAGCCAGCGUCAUGAGCAUCCCGGUGGCAAUGGAGACAGACGGGCCUCAGUUUGAAGAUGUGCAGAUGCUGAGAAAGACAGUGAGCGACGAGACCCGCCAGGCACAGAAAGACCCGAAGAAGGACCGUCCCCUUGUGCGGCGCAAGUCCGAGCUGCCUCAGGACCCCCACACCGAGAAAGCCUUGGAAGCCCACUGCAGAGCCAGUGAGCUGCUCUCCCAGGACGGGCGCUAGCCUCUGGAGCAGCACGCCGAGCUGGGGCUGCCAGCUCUUCUGGAUGCUCUAGAAAGACACACUGUCUGUGCCAUACCAAUCAGCUACACUCCAAGUCAAAGCUCCCUCCGACCCCGUUCUGUAGGCAAUAAUGCACGUCCGCCGCAGCUCGAGAUUAGGAGUCCAAACAAUGGUGGCUUCUCUGGCCCUGCUGGCCAAGCUAGGGGUUGAUGACGGUGUCGUCACCACCCCAGCAUAGCCCUGAGAAAGACUGUGUCCCAAAGUCAGAGCUGUAGGAAAGCACCCUGGUUGUCUUCUUGUUCUCCCAAGUGGACCCUGUGCUCCUCUGAAAUAGGUAGUACUGUGGGGACACCAUGAGUUUUCAAAUCAAAGCAACGCUUAGAAGGUAUCUCCUCUUUUUUAAGACUUUACAACCUUUGACAUCAUUUCCACGAUUUGCUGUGCCAGCAGCUAGUGUUGGUUAGUUAAAGCUCACCGAAAUGGCUCUUUGCUUUCACAUUCUAGCUGCCUACUGAGAAACUGGCCAACAUCCUCAGCGCUGGGACCUUCCAAGGUGUUUCUUUCCUUUGAUUAAUGGCAUGCACACCAUGUCAUGCUUCCCUUAAUGUCUACCGAAAGCCAUAUUUCAUAGUCUGUGGUAGAGGCCAGGGUUCCACCAAAGCUCAGAGAAGAAAUCUCUGAGAAGUGCUUUCUCAGUCCACCUUGACUAGAAUCGCAAUGUUGAAAUUAUGUGUUCAUAUUUUUAUUUGCAGAAUCAGUUUUUCAUCUACUUACACAUUAUCCUUCAACAAGGCUCUUGAAUUGAUAAAAAUUGUAGGAUCUGAGAAUUCCACAUUUGUAGAACGUUACAAUAAAUUAAGCUACGUGGCCUGCUGCAGUCCAUGGUGUUAGGGUGCCCUCAGUGAGCCUGCUGUUGGGAAAAGCACACGUUGCCGAGCUCAUAAGGAGAAAUGCAGUGUGUACGUUUCCACUCGUCCUCACGUGCUGCUGCAGGCUCCACAAACGUCUUGCAUGGAUUAAGCUUCUGUUUUAGGUGGAGCGGUAUGAGGAGAAAACUCCUUAAACUUAGCGCUUUGUCUAUUCUUUAUUUCUCUCAGGGCGGCCAGUAUUUUGAUUUAUUUAUCCUGCUUGAAAGCUACUUGAGAUGUGUACCGCUGUUCUGAACAGUGACUAGUUUCUUUUGUCUCCAGCAUAUAUAUAUAUAUAACUUAGUGUUAAAUGUCUUGAUGCAUAAGAGGUAAAGUGUGGCUUCUUUUAAAACCUGGUUUUUUUUCAUUGUGGUCUCGGGUAUCCGUGACAAAAAAAAAAAAAAAAAAAAAAUGGUGAGAUCAGAUUGCUCUCAUGCUGCCGCCACCGAGCCCACCUCUCCUCAGAUCCCUGCUGAUGCUCACUCCACACAGCAAGGAAGACAGGCAUCUGCAGGGAGGGAGAGCCAGCGUGGUACGAAGCGGAAAGGUGACCCCAGCCGAAGGUGGACAGGCUAGUUGCUUGGGUGAGAAGAACACUUCCUGAGAAACUUGACAAGUAUCUAUCCACUUUACCAUUAUGAAAUCUAUAAUUAAAAAAAAAAAAAGUUGAGAUGCCUUCUCCUUUUGAGGGAAAAAGGGUGCUUUUAUUGUAUAAAGCAGUGUCUAUGUGUUUUGAUACCCCAUUGUUCGAACACUCGUCUUUAGCUGGUAGAGUCUCAGAUAUCCCUGAUGUGGGGUGUUCCGUUGUGGCGAGAGGUCCCGGGAGACUCUUUGGCCCUUUGUGGAGAGCAAGCUGUCAGUGUCUGGGUGAUUGUGUGAAGCUCAGCACAGAAGAACGUCUGCUGGGCUAGGUUUUAUUUCUGCUCUUUAUUGAAGAUGAACAUUCACCAAUAAGGAAGAAAAAAAAAAACAGUUUUGAGAGAGACUAAUUUUCUUUGACAAGAGUAUUACUCUAUAUUUUGGCCUAUUAAAGUUUCCCUAGUUAGUACUCGGGUUCCCUCUGCUAAUUGUUCAACUUAUAUAUCAUUAUAGAGACACGGUCGAUUUUGUACCAAACUGGUUUGAAAAAGUACCACGUCGAGAACAAACAGGCUCCUAGGCUCUCAGUUCGGCGCCUUCACCCUUCCCGAAUGUAUCUGUGGCCAGAGCUGUCACAGUUGCAAGUGUCUUUCUAGUGUGGCUUUGUGUGGCUUCUUUGAACAUUGUACAUACAUUGUAUCUUUGUUUUAUGGUAAUAAGUAAUAAAAAUGUAGACUUCGUAUUUUGUACAAAAUGUCCUAUGUACAGAAUUAAAAAAAAAAGUUCAUAGAAACAGCAAAAAUAGGUAAGUGGCACAGUUAUUUUUCUUUAGAAAAUAUCUGUAACUUUAUGCUUUAGUGAAAUGUUAAGUACCAACAUAUUUUUUAACAUUUUGUAAUUCAAAACUUUUUGUUUUGACAUUGUUUAUGAAGAAAGACUUCAUGCACUUGCCAUUUACUACGCUCUUUUAUCUGAUUUUAAAGAACUCUUUAAAAUGGUGUAUUAUAUGGACUAAAUAAAGAACAUGUGAAUUUUAUCGCUCA